GUCAAUCAUAAUUAUGAAGGCGUCAGUAUUAGUUCUGCUUUUUUCUGCCUCAAUUUUUGCCCAUUCUUCGGCAAGUCCAGCAGAAAACUGUCUAGUAGACAAAUGUAAAAUUGAAGAUAACUGUCGCUGUUCCAGUGCAAUAAAUCCUAUAAAUGACGCGGAGAAUUUCGCUCCCCAGCUUAUAGCAAUAACCGUCAGUGAAUCGGUUGUGCAAACGUUGUACGAGAAUUACCUCAAACCUUUGUUCUUUGAUAGAAAAAAUCCAGACGGUGGCCCUAUAGGGCUCACGUUUUAUGUGCCUCACGAAUACACUGACUAUUCCUUGGUUCAAGAUUUAUACGUUCGUGGCUAUGAAAUUGGGGAUCACUCUAUAACGAAGGAACCCAACCAAACAUACUGGCGCGAGGCAACAUCUGACGAUCUAAUAGAUGAGUUUAAGGGACAAAAAAUAAUUAUUUCGACCUUUGCUAACAUUCCAUAUGAAGAUAUCGUCGGGGUUAGAACACCCCAACUUCAGUUAGAAGGGGAUAUAACUUUCAGUGCUUACGAACAGUCUGAUCUCGGCUAUGACAAUUCUUGGCCAACAUACGCACAAGAACGUAUUCUACCAUACACACUGACGUAUGCUUCGACACAAAAAUGCACAGUGACUAUCAAAUGUCCAGAAGAACAACAUUCUGGUUUUUGGGUGGCACCAAUUACGAACAUAAAAGGUGUCAAUGGAACGGAAUGUAAUUCGCUAGCAACUUGUCUCGUACAGGGUUCUGCUGACGAAAUUGCGGAUUGGUUGUUUGAUCAAGUCAAGCUUUAUCGAGACAAUAAUCGCGCACCUAUGACGCUGCGACUGGACUCCUACUGGUUCCUCUUCACAGAAAAUAGUUACGAAGGAUUCACCAAAUUUUUAGACAAAAUUGCACAAGAAUCCGAUGUGUUUUUGGUGUCUGUUCAAGACAUUCUCGAAUGGAUUAAAAAUCCUGUAGGAUAUAAGGACUACAAGACUCCUGUUCACGACGACAGGACUGCAGAUUGCUUAUCGGUUAAUUGCAAACUCAAAAAUAUUAAUAACGAAGAUAGGUACAUGAAAAGCUGUGUGCCUUGCCCUGAAGUUUAUCCCUGGAAGGGCAACCCUCUUGGCCAAGGGUAAUAUUGGCACC